AUGUCUGACAAAGCAUCAACACCAAAGAAGAGCGCAACAAAGGACGCGACCAAGCCAAAGAAAGUUGGAGACGAAGAGGCCAAGAAGAGAGAAGUGAAGAAGAACUUUGAUUCGUACGCCUUGUACAUUUCGCGUGUUUUGAAAUCCGUAUUCCCAGACAUUGGAAUCACCUUACCAUCAAUCUCUGUCAUGGAUUCGUUUGUCAGAGAUAUCUUCGAGAGAAUAGCUAUGGAUGCAUCAUCUCUCACGAGAAACUAUCAGAAAUCUACCUUGACUACUAAAGAAAUUGAAACUGCAACCAAACUGAUCUUGAAGGGUGAUUUGAACAAGCACGCAGUCUCUGAAGGUCAGUCUGCUGUUAAGAGAGCUCAAGGACAACCAACCUCUGGAUCAAAAUCAAGGUAG